UCGUUACACUCUCGAUAUGGGGAGCUCCGCGAACGGGAUAUCGCUGUAAGGAGCUUGUCCAACAACAAUGGCGGCCUUCACGAUGUAAUGAUGGAUACUUUCUCAUCUGUUUUUAUCUUUUACUGUAGAGAGACACUAGGACGAAUGUGAACACCAUAACAUCCACAAGGUAAUAAUGGAAGUACAAAGCCAACGACAGAAUCCUGGCUAUAUUACUGAAACAUGUAAUCACUGACUGUGAGAAGAGAUUUGCUGGAAAUCAAUACCCUCAAGAAAUAUCCUAUCACUGAGACGUGUAAGCACUGACUGUGAGCGGUGAGAGAAUUGCUGGAUACAGGUGAUCUCAAGAAAGAACCUGUUACAGAAACAUAUCUAAUCAUGGACUGUAAGGGAGUACUGCUGGAAACAGGUGAUUUCAAAAAAGAAUCUGUCACUGACACAUAUUUAAUCACGGACUGUGAGAGAGAAUUGGUGGAAACAGGAGAUACCAAGAAAGAACCUGUCACUGACACAUAUCUAAUUUCGAAUGGAGAGAGAGAAUUGCUGGAAACAGGUGAUCCCAAGAAGCACUCUGUCACUGACACAGGUGAUCUCAAGAAAGAACCUGUCACUGACACAGGUGGGAACACUGACUGUGAGAGAGAAUUGGUUGAAACAGUUGAUAUCAAGAAACACAAAGAUGGUGGUUCUCAAGUAAAGGAGUCGCAUAAGUGUAGUGUGUGUCAGAAAACAAUUACACUAUCAGGUACUCUGCAUACAGACGUGAGGAUUCACAGUGGAGUCAAGCCAUAUCAGUGUGUUGAAUGUGAGAAAGGAUUUACACAAUCAGGUGAUGUUCAGACACACAUGACGAUUCAGAGCAGUGUCAAGCCUUAUCAGUGUGUUGAAUGUGGGAAAGGAUUUACACAAUCAAGGAACCUGAAGUCACACAUGAGGACUCACAGUGGAGUCAAGCCAUAUAAGUGUGUUGAAUGUGGAAAAGGAUUUAAACGGUCUGGCGACCUGCAGAAACACAUGAGGAUUCACAGUGGAAUCAAGCCUUAUCAGUGUGUUGAAUGUGGAAAAAGAUUUACACAGUCUGGUGACCUGCAGACACACAAGAGGAUUCACAGUGGAGUCAAGUCUUAUCAAUGUGUUGAAUGUGAUAAAGGAUUUAAACAGUCAAGUGGCCUGCAGGCACACAUGAAGAUUCACAGUGGAGUCAAACCUUACCAGUGUGUUGAAUGUGGGAAAGCAUUUAUACACUCAAGUAACCUAAAGUCACACAUGAUAAGUCACAGUGGAGUCAAGCCUUGUAAGUGUGGUGAAUGUGGGAAAGAAUUUACACGUUCAGAUCACUUGCAGACACACAUGAGGAUUCACAGUGGAAUCAAGCCUUUCCAGUGUGUUGAAUGUGGGAAAAGAUUUACAGUCUCAAGUAACCUGACGACACACAUGAGGAUUCACAGUGGAGUCCAGCGUUUUAAGUGUGGUGAAUGUGGGAAAGGAUUUACACGGUCAGAUUGCCUGCAGUCACACAUGAGGUUUCACAGUGGAAUCGAGCCUAAUCAGUGUGUUGAAUGUGGAAUAGGAUUUACAUGCUUAGAUCACCUGCAGACACACAUGAAGACUCACAGUGGAACCAAGCCUUAUCAGUGUGUUGAAUGUGGGAAAGGAUUUACCCAUGCAAGUAACCUGUCAACGCACAAGAGAAUUCACAGUGGAGUCAAACCGUAUCAGUGUGGUGAAUGUGGGAAAGGAUUUACAAGAUCAGAUUGCCUGCAGUCACACAUGAGGAUUCACAGUGGAGUUAAGCCGUAUCAGUGUGUUGAAUGUGGGAAAAGAUUUUCACAAUCAAGUGGCCUCAAGUAUCACAUGACGACCCACAGUGGAAUACAGUCAAACCUCAUUAUCUCGAACUCCGUUAUGUCAAAUGUUCCGAUAUCUCCGGUCCAGACCACCUCAUCGUACUCAUUAUAUAGAUACAUAUAAAUUUGCCCGCUUAUCUCAAAUUUGAGAUAAGAAUACAUUGUGCUAUCUUGAACCUUGGAAUGGGUCCCAACUUGACUUGACAAUAAAAUUUUGUACCUUUAUCUCGAAGUUAAUCUUUGCCACAUUGACAGUUUUGAGAUGUGUGAGUAUAUCUGUUACUUUUCUCCAUGCAUCUGACAUCACUGUAUAAGGAACUAAUGGGAUCGGGUGGUCAGACUUGCUGACUUGGCUGAUGCAUGUCAUUGUAUUCCAAUUUCAUGGAUUGAUACUCAUGAUAUCAAUCACUGGAUUGUCUGGUCCAGAUUCGAUUAUUUACAGACCAUCAUCAUAUAGCUGGAAUAUUGCUUAGUGUGGCAUUAAACAAAAACAAAUAAACCAAAAACUUAUCUUUUGAUCCAAUAAUAAAGGUAUUUUUUUUAUUGACAAAUAAAUUUAUUAUGAAUAAACAUGAGUGAAAACAGACAGAGCUUCCAGGUGCAUUUAAUGUGUGUGUGAAUGUGUAUGGGGAUGGUUUGUAUGUACGUAUGAGUGCAUUGUAUGUGUGUGAGUAUGUAUGUAUGUGUGAGUGAGUAUGGAUGGGGAUGGUGUGUGCAUGCGUGCAUGCGUGCAUGCGUGCAUCCGUGCAUAAUUUAUUAAUCUGCUAUUCUGAGUUGUGAGCAUAUCAUUCUGUUCAUUACCAAGUGUCGUUUCUGACAACAUGUAAAUAAAUAAUUAUGUAAUAUAAUUUAUUAUUUGUGUCAUGUUAUCUCUCUCUUCCCUCCAAGUCCAAGUUGAAG